AACUCCAAUAAAAAGAAACAACUCAUUUUCCAAUCAUCAGUUCUCCUCUCACCAAUCUUGAGAUUCCAUUCCCUGCGAAAUAGCAUCUGCAACUGCACGUCCUCCGUUGGUGAGAUGCUAGUGUUCUUGCCUGUGAGUAGUAUGUUAUGAAUUUGGCUUGCUCAAUGAAGCCGGGAAAUAUGUCUGAGAAUGGUUUUUAUGGAGGAGAAGGGGAAUCUGCUUUGCAUGAUCAUGAUGAAAAGGUCAAAGUUGAUCCGGGGACACCUCCAUCCCUGACUUGGAAAAGAAAACUGAGUACUGAGGAGAAUUCCCUUUCUGAAUUCAGUCUAUCUUUAAAAGAGAUAAUCGGCAUGGCCCCUAUAGGUUAUAGGCUGUGGCGGCACCUUCGACAGGAAAAGUCCGACCACGGUGAGGUAUUUCUUGAUCCUUUUACAAAGCGCCAUACAUCAUCUUGCCAUGGGGUUCCUGUAGGCGGUAUCGGUGCUGGAAGCAUUGGAAGAAGCUGCAGAGGUGAAUUUAUGCGUUGGCAACUAUUUCCUAGGGUCUGUGAAGAUAAGCCAGUCUUGGCAAACCAAUUUUCUAUAUUUGUUUCACGGCCUAAUGGUGAAAAGUUUUCUAGUGUACUAUGCCCAAAGAGCCCAGACAUUUUGCAUGACAAGUCAGCUUCUGGAAUAGAAUCUUGGGACUGGAAUUUGGGUGGGCAAAAUUCCACGUACCAUGCAUUGUUCCCAAGGUCUUGGACUGUAUAUGAUGGUGAACCUGAUCCAGCUCUAAAAGUAGCAUGUCGACAACUUUCACCCUUUAUCCCCCACAACUAUAAGGAGAGCAGCUUCCCUGUGGCAGUGUUUACUUUUACGUUGUCUAAUUUGGGAAAGACAGAAGCGGAUGUCACCUUGCUUUUUAGUUGGGCAAAUUCUGUUGGUGGCGAUUCAGGACUCUCUGGCCACCAUUUCAAUUCAAAAUUUAGGACAGAGGAUAACAUCAGUGGAGUUCUCUUGCACCACAUGACUGCAAAGGGACUGCCCUCAGUAACUUUUGCAAUUGCAGCAGAAGGGACCGACACAAUUCAUGUAUCUGAGUGCCCCUCUUUUGUGAUAUCUGGAAACUCGAAUGGUAUCUCAGCAAGAGACAUGUGGAAUGAAAUUAAAGAGCGUGGAUCAUUCGACCACCUAAAUUCUGAAGAAAUGUCAAUGCCUUCUGAACCUGGUUCACUUAUUGGGGCGGCCGUUGCAGCUUCACUGGCAAUUCCAGCAGGAACAGUACAAACUGUUACAUUUUCAUUGGCAUGGGCUUGCCCCGAAAUAAACUUUCAUGGUGGAAGAACUUAUCACAGGCGUUACACUAAAUUCUAUGGUACACAUAGUAACGUGGCAUCGGAUAUUGCACGGGAUGCUAUUAUUGAGCAUCACAAAUGGGAGUCAGAAAUUGAUGUAUGGCAAAGGCCUAUUCUUGAUGACAAGAGGCUUCCUGAAUGGUACCCUCCAACUCUCUUCAACGAGCUUUACUAUCUUAACUCAGGCGGAACAAUUUGGACAGAUGGAUCUCCACCAGUACAUAGUUUACGGACUAUUCAGCAACGAAGGUACUCCAUUGAUAGAUCCAAUUCAGAUUUUAGAAGUGGAGAAGAUACAUCUGAGCAAAAUGACACAGCAAUCAACAUACUUGGAAGGAUGACCUCCUUACUUCAGGAGAUUCAUAGCCCUGUAUCAAUGACUUCUGCAUUGGGGACAAAUUUGCUUCACAAAAGAGAGGAAAAUGUGGGACAGUUCCUUUACUUUGAAGGCAUUGAAUAUCAUAUGUGUAAUACAUAUGAUGUCCAUUUUUAUGCAUCGUUUGCAUUGGCUAUGCUGUUCCCCAAACUUGAACUCAGCAUACAGAGAGAUUUUGCUGCUGCAGUGAUGAUGCAUGAUCCUAGUAAGAUGACACUUUUACAGGAUGGAACAUGGGUCCAGAGAAAGGUUCUUGGUGCUGUUCCUCAUGACAUUGGAAUGAGAGAUCCAUGGUUUGAAGUAAAUUUCUAUAACCUUCAUAAUACGGAUAGGUGGAAAGAUUUGAAUCCAAAGUUUGUGCUCCAAGUUUACAGAGAUGUCGUUGCCACUGGCAAUAAAGAGUUUGCUGAAGCUGUUUGGCCAUCGGUCUAUGUAGCCAUGGCUUACAUGGAACAAUUUGACAAGGAUGGAGAUGGAAUGAUAGAAAAUGAAGGGUUUCCCGACCAGACAUAUGAUACAUGGUCUGUAUCUGGUGUGAGUGCAUACUGCGGCGGCUUAUGGGUAGCAGCUUUGCAGGCUGCUUCAGCACUUGCUCAUGUGGUUGGGGACAAGGGUUCUGAGGAUUACUUCUGGUUUAGGUUUCAAAAAGCAAAGAAAGUGUAUGAAAAGUUAUGGAAUGGUUCGUAUUUUAACUAUGACAACAGUGGGAGUAAAACAAGCUCUUCCAUUCAGGCUGAUCAAUUGGCUGGAAAUUGGUAUGCUCGAGCUUGCGGUCUUUUUCCCAUUGUUGAUGAAGAAAAGGCACGAAAAGCGCUUGAGAAGAUUUACAAUUUCAACGUCUUGAAGGUAAAAAAUGGGAGGGUUGGAGCAGCAAAUGGGAUGCUGCCAAAUGGAGAACCUGAUAUGUGUACCCUACAGUCAAGAGAAAUAUGGAGUGGAGUUACAUAUGCUGUUGCUGCAGGCAUGAUUCAUGAAAAUAUGGUUGAAACUGCAUUUAAAACUGCAGUUGGUGUGUAUGAAGUAGCUUGGUCUGAGCAAGGUUCCGGAUAUGCUUUCCAGACCCCCGAAGGUUGGGACUUUGAAGGGCGUUAUAGAUCUCUUGGGUACAUGCGUCCUUUAGCAAUCUGGGCAAUGCAAUGGGCACUUACACAACAUAAGAUCCCAAGACAGGAAAUGAAGGCAGAGAUCAAGGAAGAAUCUGUGAUCAGGCAACAUACUGGUUUUAAAAGAGUGGCUCAUCUGCUAAAGCUGUCAGAUGAAGCUGAUUCCAGAAGCCUUUUCCAGGUCAUAUUUGAUUACACUUGUAAAAGGAUGUUGGGAUGAAAGCAGAAGGCCAAACUUUUCUCGAUCCCAGAAUGUCAGUAUUAUGAGUUGAAAUCUCAUUUAUUCUUUUCAUCCUUUAUUUUACAAUUGUGUAAUAAACAGAUGUAGAAGCUCUGCAUGUAUUUAUAAUGAAACAAAAGUGUUAAAUAGGAAGAAGAGAAAGGAUUGAUUUUCAUUGAA